UGACAGAAUGAUGACCAUUGGAUUAUGUGUACAUAUACAUGUAUGUGAAUAUGUAUUUUAUCAGAAGUCAUCUGUUUCUUUGCGUCCAUGUUUCUAAAAAAUACAUUUGUGUACACAUACGAAACGAAACCGAGAAGCUCUUGUAAUCUGAUCCGCCAAAGAGAUUAAGCGAUAUUUAUGGUUGGAGUAAACUCUGUUUACACUCGAUUGUCACCGUCGAUGCUGACAUGUAGCUCUGAGUUCAGUGCGCCUGUGAAAGUUCAGGAAGUUGACGAACAAACAGGAAAUUGGGGAUACACGACUCGAUAUAGCUGACUGCAUUUUUAAAAAAUAACACAUUAAGCUUAUUGGCAUAUUUUUAAAGCUGAACCUUUUUGGGUCGGUAAAUGAAACAAAGAAAAAAAAAAGCUAUAAUAAAACACCAACAGCGAUUUUGCAUUAGUUAAAACACAGGAUACGGAGGAGAAACAGGAAAGAUUAGUUGUUGUUUGAUUUUGAAACGGAUUGUUGCAAACUGAAUGCCUGUGGCGGAAGGAACACCCGAGGGGGAGGCAGAGGUAGGCCCAGAACCGGAAAAAGAGAUUUCCCCGGAACCAGAAGUCGAGACUGGCCCAGAACCGGAAACAGAGAUUUACCCGGAACCAGAAGUCGAGACUGAACCGGAAGGGGAAUAUGACGGGGAGGUGGGCCGAGCGGAGGCGGAACCAGACUGGCCACUUGCCUUCAAACAAUGGGGUCCCGCCUGGCAGUUGCAUGUGUAUUUCUUUGCAAGCAUUUUUAUGUGCAUUGCAAUAUUAUCUCUUAUGAGUAUGACCUUCUAUUUGCGCGACAGACGUCGUUUACGGCAGGGCAUAUUGACGUUUACACUACAGUGCCUAUUAUUUUUAUUCACACUGUUACGGACGCUAUCUCUCUUCAUAAAUCCCUACCUCACAGUGUAUGCGAACGAGGAAACAGCCUUCACAUUUCUGUGGUCAUUGGCACUCCCGUCGCUCACGGCCGCCUUCAGCGUGCUGCUUCUCGUGUUCCUAGACACCACCAAGAUGACGCUUGGGCCGCCGAUAUUCCAAAAACUUCCGGUCCUCCUGGGAAUCACGGCGGCCCAUUUUCUUAUCGUGAUGAUGUCAGAAGUGGUAUGUUACGUGACGCCCGGCUCGUGCAAGCCGAUGCUGAUGUUCUGCCAGUGUCUGUUUGUCCUAUACGGUUUACUCCUUGGGGCUGGGUACCUGUAUACCGCCAUCGUAGUGCACCGGAAGUGUAGCAGUGGGGCCCUCAACAGCGACCAAGACAAAAUUAGGAGAAUAAUCAAAAUCUCGGCUGCCGCGUCCAUCACCGCGUUCUCCGUCGCCAUAACGCACGUGUACUCCGCGUGCAGCGAGUUCGGCAUCUAUAGUAACGUCACUUACGUUGACGCGUGGAGCUGGUGGACGUUACAAACGCUCCUUAGGUUGGAGGAGCUGUCGUCUGCGUGUAUUAUUCUUGUCAUUGCCUUCAGGAAUCCACUGGACGUCGAUUCAAAGGUGUAUACGUGGCUAAUGGGCGUGAUGAAGACUUCGAAAGUGGCAUCGUCGGACAAUGAGAAGAACAAACCGCCAAUUUCUAGUAACCUCCCACACAACGUAAAAUACACAGACGUAGAAAAGUUUUAACCGGGAUUUUACUUUGUAAAACAACUCAUUUUCACCCAUAUGCCAUUUGAUCUCAUUCCUGCUAGCAUAUAUAAUAAUUAAUUUUAAAAUGCUAUCCAUUCUAAGUUAUUGUAAUAGUUAAUGGUUAUAAAUAUGUAAGGUUUAAUACGACGCAUGUCGCAUAACCAUUCUAUUUCUGUAAAUGCUUACUUGUAACCAUUUAGUAGUUGUUAAAGAUUGUUAGUGCAUUCUUAAAUGGUUUUAUGCGACACAAUCGCAUAAUUGUUUAUGUUGUAUAAGUACAUACCAACUUUUUUUGUUUUAGUCAUGUUCAUGUCAUUGUUUAUUCUACCGCUUCACCUGAUUAAAAUCAAUAACGUCUGAGUGCGGAUUUACCGAAAUAAAUAUUUUUAAUA